AUGGGCCGCCUGCCGCUGCUGCUGCUGGGCAACCGGACGCAGGGCGCGGCCCGCCGGCCGCCCCGCCCGCCCAAGGAGCUGAACCAGACGCUGGCCGGGCCCGGGGCGGCGGCAGCGCCCGUGGCGGUGAGCGGGGGGGGCGGCGGCGGGACGGCCCCGGGCCCGGCUUACGAGACGUGCUGGGGCUACUACGACGUGAGCGGGCAGUGGGACAAGGAGUUCGAGUGCAACAACAGCCAGAGCGGGUUCCGCUACUGCUGCGGCACCUGCUACUACCGCUUCUGCUGCAACAAGCGCGCCGAGAAGCUCGACCAGGGCCAGUGCCGCAACUACCAGAGCCCCGGCUGGAUCACCACGCCCGGCCUGCGCCCCGCGCCACCCGACGGCAACCAGCCCGACAAGUACGACCCGGCCAAGGACAGCACCAACGCCACGGUCUACAUCUCCUGCGGCGCCGUGGCCUUCGUGCUGGUGGCCGGCGUCUUCGCCAAGGUGGCCUACGACAAGGCGCGGCGCCCGCCCCGGGAGAUGAACAUCCACAGGGCUCUGGCAGACAUCCUAAGGCAGCAGGGGCCAAUCCCAAUAGCACACUGUGAAAGAGAGACUAUCUCGGCCAUAGAUACCCCUCCCAAAGAAAACACGCCUGUCCGAACAUCCUCCAAAAACCACUACACCCCUGUGCGCACCUCUAAAAGCAAUCCAGGUCACUAUGGGAAGGAUAUUUAUCGAAGUGGAGGGCCAGAUCUCCAUAAUUUCAUCUCCUCCGGGUUUGUCACAUUAGGAAGAGGACACGUGAAGGGUACAGUGGAAACAAUUUUUUGCUAAAUAAAAAGAUUGUUUUAAAUAAAAAGCUAUAACUCAGAAGCUGGGUUCUAAGUGAUAGGAGAUAACAGUCCUGGACUGCAGUCAGUAGAUUUAUUCUAGCACAUCUUGUUGCAGGUUAAAUAUUGUGCUGCUGGCAGAGUCUCUUACACCCUAGUGAGGGAAAGAGGGGGAGUGCAGAAUUAGGGAAUACAGACACCACUCUGAGUUUGCAAUCCGACAACUUGUAUUGCUUUGUGUUUUCUGGGAGCAUGGAUGCAAACUGACCCUCUUGCUGCUGCUUUUAUCUUGGGAACAGAAAGGUCUGUAAUGCCACCCAAGGGGGUAGGUGGCACCAUUUCAAGAGUGGGGAUUUUUGUUUAUUCAACUGAUUUCCGGGUUGUGGGAAUUUUGUUUUUGUUGUUGUUGUUGUUGUUUUUUUGGUUUGGUAUUACAAAUAUUUUAUAAAAUGAUUUCUUACAGGUCCACGUCCAUAUAUUCUGUGUUCACAUAAUCUGUGAUAUACUGUACAAACAUGAAAACACAUAAAUAUACAUAUUGUGUGCUGUGUAUGUUCUGUGUAUAUGUACUGUAUAUACAAUCUAUGUUGAAAGAUAGUUGUAGCUAUAUUAGAUAAGCAAACAUAUAAUCCUGUUUAGGAGUUAUGGUGAUAACAAAACUGCAGGAGCUGGUGUUGAGUAACUUGUCACCAGAACCCCAAGGUGAAUGUUCCUUUUAUAAUAUUGUUGCAUAUGUCGGGGGUUUCUAUAGUAGAUGGUGCGAAUGUUUGUUUGAACCAGUUUUGUGUUUACAUUCCAUAUUCUAACAAAGUCACAUUGGUAUGUGGACAGUGGAUCAUAUCGCUGGGAGUGCAAAGGUGUGCCACGUCCAUACUAAUCUGAUUUUGUUCCUUGCUGACUUAUGAGACUGUUGUACAUUUAUAUAGACACAAUGUAUGUGGAGAUGCUUAUACAGAGCCAAUGUACUAUGUGUGGAGCCGUGUCCAUGUGCCCGCCUGGUUGAACGUACAUCUAUUGUUGUUUCCGUGGAUGACCACCAUUAAAAGAGUUUUAUUUUUCAUACAUUUGCUGCACUUUUUAAAAUUCUCCAUGAGUGUCAUCCAAAGCGGUGUCAGUCCUGUAGAACUUUCAGAGAAGAAACAAAUAUCUGUAUAUUGUCUGUGUAUGUCUGUGUGUAUUUAAAUAAAGUUUAUUGAGGCUGAGGCAGCACCCA